AUGGCGAAACUCUGGUACGUGUGCCGGAAGUGCAGAGCUAAACCGGCCCUUCUCAAUGGCUCCGUUGCCCUUAUUUGUAUUUUAGGCCUGGUGGGAAAUGGAAGGAUAAUUUAUCUCCUGGCCUUUUCCAUUAAGAGGAAUUCUUUCACCACUUUCAUCCUGAACCUCUCAAUCACAGAUUGUGGGGUCCUCACAUCCUUUAUUAUUGCAGCUGUUUUUGUGGCUGUUUUAACUCUGCAUAAAAGCACUAAUCUUCCGUUUGCCUUUGUCUUCUUAUUUCUUGAGCUCUUUUUCUUCACCUAUUCUGCUAGCCGGUUUCUGCUGACGGCCAUCAGCCUGGACAGGUGUGUGGGUGUUCUUUUCCCAUGCUGGCAUCGCUGCCAUCGUCCUCCGUAUUUGCCCACCCUUCUUUGUCUCCUCACCUGGAACCUCUCCUUCCUGCUCUCUGCGGUGCAUCUCAUUCUUUACCAAACUACCAACUUUGGAAUCUUACUUUUCUGUUUUCAGAUUAUUGUGAAUGGCUUACUUUGUACACCUCUCAUGGUUGUGUCUGCUGUGACCCUCUGGAUUCGUAUGAAGUCUAAAUCUCAACGCAGUCAAAGGAAGCUGCUCACAACCAUCUUGCUGGCUCUCCUCUUCUUCUUUCUUUUUUCUCUCCCAAUGGAUGUCUUUUAUGUCAUUGAAUAUUUUGGUUCCUAUAAUCCCCUCCUCCUGACCGUUGGGAUAGGAUGCACGGCUCUCAACAGGAGCAUCAACCCACUCCUUUAUUUCUUAGUGGGGAGGAAGAAGAGGGGAAAGGAGCAGCCAAGAGCAACUUUGAAGGUGGCUCUGCAAAGAAUCUUCAAGGAUCAGCAAGGCAGCCCAGAAGAUCAGAAAACUAUGGAGGAGACCUGUUUGUGA